AGCUGUGGUAAACACCAGAGGAAGUGGGGUCAUAUUGGCCAAUGUAGCACAAGACAGGAACGGCGGAAGGCAUUUUUAAAACCGGGAAAGACAUGGUGGCGCCCGUUCUCCUCUUGUCCCUGGUGUGGGCGGCCGGUUACCCCGGGACGGUGCGGGGCAAAGUGGUGCAGGAUUUCAAGGAGUGUGGCUGGUUCUUUCAGAACAAUAUCCCGCCGCAGGGAUUCCUCGGCAGAAGCCGGCUUAGGAUCUGUCAGCGCUUCAAGAACCACUAUCACUUCGCCACACUGUACCGGACAGACGUGCGGAUCCCGGUGUACUCUGCCUACAGGUACCCCUGCUCCAUGGGAGAGAGCGAAGCUUACAGACCCAGUCCUUGGUUUCACGAACCGCAGAUCGACAACCAAAAUGCGGGCAAUGAUAUGAGAAGCAGCACAAAGGCUCGCAGCACCAAGCAGGCGACGGAUACAGAUUACCAGGAUUCGGGCUAUGACCGGGGACACCUCUACCCUUUCGCACUGAACGACAAAGAGAGCUCGACGGCUACCUGCACCUUGACCAACGCGGUGCCCGAGGAGCACGGCGCCAACGUGAAGUGGUAUCAGGAGGUGGAGGCUGUGGCGGAAAGGUUGUCGCGGGUGUGCCGCAAGUCGGGCCGCACCAUGUACCUGCUGACUGGCUCCGCCAACCCCACCAGGACCAAGAUCAACAACAGGGUGUCGGUGCCCAGGGCAGUGUGGACAGCUCUCUGCUGCACCGCCUCGCCGGACCACAACCGCGACCCCUGCCUCGGUGACCGUGCGCCGCCGGAGGGGCAGGACGUGCUGGUGUACAACCGCGACUUUUCCUUCGCCUUCAUGAAGGAGAUGAAACCCGAGCGGGCCGCAAAACACCUGACGGUGAGGGAGUUGCAGAGGAAACUGCCGGUGGAUUCUCUCUUCGUUAGCUGCAGGGGGACGAGCGACAACGACGAACGGCAAACUUUCGAGGAAGUGGAAGGAUUGAUUGAGAAUAAAAUAAUCAAUCCCCUUAACAACACGGGCAGCCCCGCACUCCGGCCGUUUGGCUAUGAAGCAACCGCGGUCACCUUCCGAUCCGUCUGUACGUACCUGCUGGUUCCCGGUCACAGCGCCUUUCUCGCCGUGUCCCAGGGCAUGUUGCUCCUCGCUCCAGUCUUGCACGGAGCCGCCACGGUGGCUGCGCUUAUCCUUGUCAAUGCCUUUAGUGUACUCAUCAACAAUCCCCGGGAUUAG